AUGCUUCAACUUGUGCCAGCCAUUCUUGUUCUUGGUCUCGCGGUGACUGCACAGCAAUCCUCCGCCAGACCACUUCUCUCAGCAGCGAAACCAGCGGGAAAGCAUACAGCGCUUCUGUCGCCCCUCGACGUACCCUGGGGACAGUUCGGUCCAGCCGCCAAGCAGGCUGGUUCUCAAGCUUCAGGUAGCGACACCAUUAACGAAGAUGCAUCAGGACUUGCCCCGGCACUUGCGCCUGGGAUCAUCAACUCUAUUGGCGAAGGAUUUGACCCUCAAUUUCUCACCGUCACUAAAGACGGGAAGCCGUUCUACUUGGUGACAGACGUCGACUUUGGCGUCAAUGUGUUUUUGCGAGCAAGUUUCGAUCUCAACGACAUCUAUCAGGACGAGUCGAAGAAAUAUACAAUCCAUCACUACCCUAACACUACCUAUCCGGAAGGAGUGGGUACCGAGGCAGCUGAUAUCGUUCGGUACGGUGACAAUUUCCUGUACACGGUCUCUGCUAUUGCGGAUGAUACGAUGCGUUUGCUCAUAUCGAAGACCGACGAUGCCUUGGGCGAGUACACUGAUCUAGGGCGCAUCUUGGCUCAAGACGGAACACCUCUCAAAGGGUAUGAUCCACACGUCAUCGUCCAUCCAAACGGCAACUCCUACCUGACCUGGUCAAAUCACGAAUAUGUCCAAAUCGUCCAACUGCAGAAUGGUGCGCCAGCGCGAGCUGCUAGUCCGAUUGUCGACCUUGUCUCCUAUGGCGUGAACACGGAAGCACCCAGUAGCUGGAUUUUCGACAACCAAGCCAAUGGCUCUCGGACCCUCAAUCUGGUGUACGCCGAAGGCAACUAUUAUCAGUCCAACUACAACACACGACUGCUGUACAUCGACGUUGAGGAAGACCCUCUCGAUCCAAGUCGGUGGUAUCAGCGAGCUCAACCCAUCCUUGCUUCCGAUAGCAGCCAGGGUGUAUACGGUCCUGGAUCGGGCAGUCUGUUCGAUGGGCCUGAUGGGAAUGUAUGGUGCGCCUACGGUGCAUUCGCUUCGCGUGAUGGAGCGGAUAACGGCAAAAACGAGCGGUACGUCAGGGUCCAGGUAGCCGAAGCGGAUGCGAAGGGUGUAUGGCUACCGACCCAAGUAAUUCGUGCUCAGAAGCUGACUGAGACGAGACCCAGUGAGCAUCAGUUGUAG